AUGUCACUUUCCGACUCGGAUCUCUCUUCGUUAUCGUCCGCGCCUCCUUCAGAUGAGGAGCCUAAUCCCAUGGCUCUCGAUGAGCCUGUGGGUAUAACCAAGUACUUUCAGAAGAAGCAGUCCGAAACUCCGCCACCGAAGCGAGCUCCUUCACCACCCCAUGAAUAUGUGUUGGCCGACAAUCCAGAUAUCGCCUUCAUUGUAAUGUUCCGCGCGCGUUUCCACGAAGUAUUCCCGCGAUCAACACCACACCUUGGGCCGCAGGAUAUCGAGCGAGGCGUGGUAGAAUCUCCUCCGGGGGACCACAUUGAAAGGCUACUAUGUGCAUUUCUUGGGCUGGUAUUGAACAGAAAGAAGGACGUGGAACGAAACCACUACACGCGCCCAUUGGAAGAGGCGAUCCAAACACAUUCAUCCCAGUGGCCAAAGACAUGGCAAGGCAAGAACCCUCUACAUGGGGGUCGCAAUUUUGCCUCGAUGUCCCCGGAAGAGCGCUCGUUGAUUCUCUGGUCACUCUCCUCCUCCGAAGCCGUCCAAGCGAAGAUUAAGGAAUCCUACAAGCAAGCGCGCCAUGAAGAUGACUUGAACCAGCCUUUGUCUGUACAGCCCUGGGGACGUGAUAACUUGAAACGUCGGUAUUGGCUCAUUGAAGGCCACGAUGAUACGCAUUUUCGGCUUUACCGGGAAGGCAACCCAGCUUUGAAGAACGUAACCUGGUGGAGCGUGGCAGGGACGAUUCCAGAAUUGCAGGGUGUUGCAGACAAAUUGGAGGAAGACAAGGGAAUACACUCCAAGAAACUGAGUGAGAGGAUAAGGAAUUCUAUUCCCCGGUUCGAGGGCUCAGAGGAGAAACGCAAACGCCGCGAUUAUCGUAUUGCUCGUAAAGCCGCAUUUUCCCGACCUGAACCCGGAUUCUCACUCUAUGAAGGCCGUACUCGUGGGAAAAAGCUGAAGUAUACGUACUCAGAUGAUGAAGAUAUCUUUUCCGAUGGCCUUCCACCGCCUCGACGAUCGGGGCGUAAUAACUCUGGACUUUCAACCCCGGCAGAGCCGACAGGGCCCAGAUUUAGUGCCAGCGGAAGGCAAAUCCGUUCGCGCGCAGGUGGCCUCUACGGCGAGGCUCUGCUCGCUGGACAGCGUGAAGACACUGCUACUGCUGACGAAGAUGGCACUGAGAGACAGCAGCGGACUCGGAAUACCCGAAUGAACGGGUAUCCUGACUACGGCAUAGACGAUGAGGAUGCAGAUUCGAACGUUGGGCAGUCUAGUGGGAAUGAAUGGCAAGGUGGCGAGGAGGAAGACGAAAAUGAGUUUGAAGGUGACGACGAAGAGGAAGUGAGUGGAGAUGAGUCGGUGGUCAAUGGGGAGCCAGCGAGCCUUGUUGUCCAGCUCAAAUACAAUAAGCAGGGCGAUUCAAAAGGGCCCGAAGAGCAACCAGCAGACGUUAUUUCUGAAACUCAGAAGGUGGCCGUUGCGGAACGGCCAAUCGAUGCCCCUGAACAGGAGCCCGCGGCUGAACCAUCACAAAAAUUACCAGUGGGCAAUGGGCCUCCAGUAUCGGUUCCAGAAGCCCCGGCUGGCCCCAGCACAAACGCUGCGCCUGCUGAAGAGCCUAGCAACACAAUUGCUUCGGCCCCGAGCGAAGGGACAGUACAAGACGGGGGAGGCUCCGCUGAUACUAUUGGACCUACUCCGGGUCAACAACAGGAGGGGGCGAUUUAA